AUGUACUCGAGGAGAAGCUCCACACAGACAAGAGCAGACAGGGAGAAGCCAACAAUUGCAUCUUUCAUCCUGAUCGUCCAUGUGACAUUUUCCAGCAAGAAAGUGAAGGAGGACUUCAAGGUAUUGUACGCCGAGGAGGCUGAGUUCUGCAGGAAGAGCGAGGCAAACACUCUGAGUUAUGAGCUUGCAUUAUCAGAUCGGGACGAACUUGCGGGUGUUAUCAUUGAGCGCUUCAGAAGCAAGGACGACUACCUCUCUCACAAAGAGUCCUCCGUUUUCAAGAGGUAUCGAGAGAAGUUGAAGAAGUUGGAGGAGAGCGGCGACGUGAAGCUGAAUGGUCAGAGUUACUAUCAAUCCAACUUGGGAUAUUUUUGA